AUGGAGUCGAGCCCAACUGAUGCUGACCAUGAUCCUGGCCCUGCUCCUGGGCCUCGCCAUGGACCUGAGCUUCCGGUCCAACUCGAGCAGCUGGAACUACAGGACCUGUCAUCAGGGGGAGAGUCGCCUGAGCCAGAGGCAAGCCCCGCGAGGAAUGACGGACAGGAAGUACCAGGCACGACGCCAGCAGGAUUUGCUUUUCAGCAAAGGAAGGAGAAGGGACGCGUAAGAUUCAACAGCAAGUCUGGUAUGACAUCAGAGCCCAGCACAGUUGCAUCUGAAUCCGGAGACAGGCGCCCAUCCGAAGGCGCACGACCUCGACCGUCCCUGGUGCGGAAUCCAAACUCGUCAAACUCGGUCGUCUCCUCCGAGCCCGAUACGUCCGAUCCCAUCAAAUACAGGUCUGCCGUCGAGGCCCAGAAACGAGCCAGGGCAAUCGCCGAGGAUGCUCAAAGACACCCAGCCAGCCCUGCCCAUCACGACGAUGAAGUUGACAGGUUGUACAACUGGGUUCGAGGCAGUCCACCUAGUACGGCGUGGUCGGAGGAAUUGGAUGACGACAACAGGAACGACCUGGUUCCUCUGACGACAAUGGAGAGUAAUGCGAGAGCAGGGGAGCCAUCGGGAACGAGAGCUGACGAACCGGCUGCCGAUGAGCAUUCCGAGCGGCGCAACAUGGAGGCCCAGGAGCUGCUCAUGGCACAUGGCUUUGGUGCUCAAGCUCAGGGUCUUCAGCAAGUGGCGAACAUGCAGGCAGACGGCAUAAGCUCCCCGACAGAAACCAUCAAGAGUCCUCGUGGUGGUGUUUUCUACCAAAUCCUGCAGGCAUAUCGCAACCCCGAUAUCACUUUCCAACCGAUACAAAGCACUGAGUCCGGUCUCACUGCCUACGACUCAUCGGCACCAGGGUAUGGCAACGUUCGGACCCCAAGUUCAUCCGGGAGGCAGACACCGAGGAGGAAAUGGCACGAGAAGCCCGAGGCCCGCUCGACGGAGACUCUCGCCACGCUGGUGGGCGCCUCAACCAAGCUGGCCAACCCGAAUGCCAAGGAGAAAAAGACGAACCCUGACACGCCCAGGAGACCUUCCCACCGACGAAAGACCAGUGGCUCGCGCAUCCUGUCCAUGAUCGGAGCCAGGGCUCCAGAAGACGAAGCCCGCAUCACCAUUCAUGUCGCCGAUAUCCUGCAGAGGCAGAAGUACCUGAUCAAGAUGUGCCGUGCGCUGAUGCUAUUCGGAGCACCCACGCACAGGCUGGAAGAGUACUUGUCCAUGGCUGCUAACGUCCUUGAGAUCACUUGCCAGUUCCUUUACAUUCCAGGGUGCAUGCUUAUCUCAUUCGAUGAUGUGCUCACCCACACUGCCGAGGUCAAGAUCGUGCGCACGCAGCAAGGUGUCAACCUGGGGAAGCUCAAGGACAUUCAUGAUAUCUACAAGGAGGUCCUGCACGACUGCAUCAGCCUUGACGACGCUGUAGCACGCCUCGACGAAAUCAGCUCGGCCAAGGACCGCUUCCCAUUGUGGGUCGUGAUCCUCACCUACGGCUUCGCUAGCGCUGUGGUGGCCUGCUUCUUCAGCGCUCGACCCAUCGACCUGCCGCCCAUCUUCGUGAUGGGCACAGCACUAGGCUUCAUGCAGCUUUACCUGGCGCCGAUGUCACGCACAUACAGCAACGUCUUCGAGAUCGUGGCGGCGGUGCUGCUGUCCUUCAUCGCGCGUGGGCUGGGCAGCAUCCAGGGGGGUGGGCUAUUCUGCUUCUCGGCGCUGGCGCAGAGUUCCAUCGCGCUGAUCCUGCCCGGGUGGCUGGUGCUGUGCUCGGCUUUGGAAUUGCAGUCCAAGUCGAUGGUGGCCGGGUCGGUGCGCAUGGUCUACGCCGUCAUCUACUCGCUCUUCCUUGGCUAUGGUAUCACUGUUGGCACCGCGCUGUACGGCGCUAUCGACCCCAACGCUGCCAGCGAGGCCACCUGCCGCGAGCCACUCUCCUCCCACUGGAACUUUCUCUUCAUCCCACUGUACGCCUUUUUCAGCACCAUCAUGGUCCAGGCAAAAUGGAAGCAGAUGCCCGUGAUGAUUCUCAUCGCCACGGCGGGCUACGCGGUCAAUUUCUGGAGCAGCCAGAAGUUCAGCGCCAGCGCCCCCAUCGCCUACACCUUCGGCGCCUUCACUAUUGGCGUACUAGCGAAUCUGUACAGCCGCCUCAGGCACGGCGUCGCUGCUGCUGCGCUGUUGCCGGCUGUAUACUGCCAGGUCCCCGGGAGUUUGGCAUCCUCCGGCGCUGUCACAAGCGCCAUUUGCAUUUCUCAGUCCCUCGCCAACGACAUUGGGUCUGAGGCAUGCGACACCUCGAAUAAUCUUGUUUUCAGCGUUGCGGCGAGCAUGAUUCAGAUAGCGAUUGGCAUCACUGUUGUUCAGAGUUACACAGGAGCACAACGAACGACAGGCCCGAACCUGGACAUUCACUUGGACAGUAUUGGCCGCCCCUACCAGCCCGGAGAUGUCAUCACGGGACGGGUUUUCGACGCAAGCUAUAUGCACACCCGCCAGCAGCUACACACGGGACCAAUCCACGUCCCCUCGUCCAGUAGCCCGGCUUCAUGGGAGUUCGCAAUCGAGAUCCCAACUCAUCCGUCGCCGCGCGCCGUCGUGAGCGAGAUGAAAGACCCGGAAGCGAGCUACCUGCCCCUGACGGCAGAUACCAUCGCCUCCUAUGCACUGCCGUCGUCAUUCGCCACCAGCGGACGCAGGGGCAACACGCGUUUCGACGCUUACGUCGAGUACCAUCUCGAGGCCUCGCUGGUGCAGCAGGGCAGUAAACACGGCGACAGCAUCACGGCGACGCUGCCGGUCCGCCUGGUGGCGCCGCCCAUGCCGUAUCCGCUGUCCGAUUUCGACCUGCGGCGCCGCUCCGCCCAGUUCGCCGUCAGCUCGUACCGCCUUGUGCCGGGGAUGGAGAACGCGGAACUCACGUUUAAGCAGAAGUCCAAGAAGUUCUUUGGCUCGUCCAAGGUUCCUAUGUUUGGGUUUACACUGCAGUAUGAUAGCCCAACUGUGGUGCAGCUUGACAACCCGACGCCUAUCCCAUUUCGUGUCCGUGUUGUGCCUGAUGCUAGGCGGACCAGCGAGGUGCUCCGCGAGGUGCCACAAAUUGUGACACUUAGCUCUCUGGAGCUUAUUAUCAAGGCUGAUACGUAUGUGAUUGCGCCGGGUACGUGGGGCACUCAUACUGGAGACGACACUGUGAAGCACAACAUCCACUUGCCAGUGGCUUUCGCCGGGAACGUGCCGGCCAAUGUAUUGAAGACUUUGAAUAGGGAACCGAAGGGGAAGGAGACGGCUGACCAAGAGGCUGUCCAAGAGACUGUGGUCCACCAGCCGGGUACUGGAGACGAGAAGCCUCGGAUAGAGGUGCCUCAGGAAGAGGAAGGCCAGUCAUCCGCUCCAAGAGUGGAGGAUCAACCUGUAGGAAUCUCCAAAGAAGAACACGUCAAUGGACAGAAUGCAGCAGUAGUUCAGCGAUCAGAAGAACCAGCAGGAGAGUCAUCCGCCCCGCCGACAUACCAGCCACGUACCAACGAGCCCCCACCACCGGCACCUGAAGAGCCCCCCGCAUACCAGCUCCCAAAGAACCUGAGUCAGCGUGGUCCGCUAGUCAUUCCAAGUGCCUGGGAUGCGGAUGGUGCGUGGCUUGAUGUCGGCACCGCCAUCAGCCUGCGCCUGCACGAGACGCAAGCCACCGCGCUGGGCCGCUCCAUCGCGGGCACCGUGGCGGAACCAAUCUGCCCCGGGUUCACGACGUACUGCAUACGACACUCGCAUCGGCUCAAGUGGAAGAUGGUUGUUGCCGUUGGGGGUGAGACUAAGGUGCAUUCUCCGCCCAGAGAGACAAUCUUCGUCGAAUAUGAUGCUCGAAAAGCUGAGAGGGCGGGGAGUUUCAAGUUACAACCCAAGCUCAUCAGCGAUGCCUUGUACAACACUCUCAUCAUUAAAAUCAUUUCGAAACAAAGAGCAGAAUUCAAGACCACGAACACAUCACCCAAGGGCCACACGGAAGACUUCACCCAGAACGUUUACUUGAGCCCAUUUCCAGACAUCGACGUCAUGUCUUCAGCUAAAUUUCCCAUUGGAACACUCGUCAUCUUCGGGUUGAAGAAAGGAGUGGUGAGGAGCUUCGAAUACAAGUACAACGAUGGCACCGGGACUUGGAUGUACACUGUCGAUUUCAUCUCCAAACUUCAGUCUGAUUAUCCACUCGAGGGUUGGCAAAACCUUAGCCCGAACGAGACAAAAGUUGUUGCUGAGAACGAACUGAAGCCCAAUAUCUCAAAGGGUGAGUCAAAGGAUGACUCAAAGGAUGACUCAAAGGAUGUCUCAAAGGAUGUUUGA